AUGACAACUACGCACACGGAAUUCGACGGAGGUGAAUCGCAGGGGCUCCAUCGCAUCUGCAACACCUCGGUGGGUGAUCAUUUUGACGGUACGACUAUGACGUGCGCAGCACGAGUUGCAACUCCGCAAGGGGGGCCCAAUGACGGCUCUUCUUAUUGCAGCGUUGCCCAUCUCCCUGACGAAGCACCGUCGCAUCAAAUGGGUGCCACCGUGUUGGAGACGGACGUCGGGCGUCAGUCGCAAUCGAGUGAAGUGAGGCAGUGCUCAGGGUCGGAUGCGCCGCGCCAUGUCUUGCCGCAAUGCAUGGGGGAGAGCCGUGCGCCAGAUGGAUCGUCAGAGAACACGUCACCCUCUGUUUCUCUCAAUGCCAGUUUGGGGCCUCCGAAGCGGCUCUGCGCUGGUCCCACACGGGCGGCAGUGGACGCAAUUAUGGCAGAAGAGUGCCGUGAGUGGGUUGCAAAAGUCGUUGGCGCAGCAUACAACACCGAGGUGCUGCGCGAAGCGAAUUUUGUAGAUGCGUUACGCAGUGGUGUGGUGCUGCUCGUGCUGCUUCAGAAACUACGUGACCCCCCUGUGCCCGACGAGAGCCUGCAGGUGCCAAAGCGGACCACAGGCUUCUACGCUCGCGAUAACGUCGUCACAUUCCUAGAAAAGGCGGCGGCUGCCUACCACCUUGUGGAGGCGCAGCUGUUUACAGAUUCGGACCUUUGCGAUGGGAAGAAUGAUCGAGCCGUCGUGACUUGCCUCCUUGCAAUUGCUCGCAUAGCCUACGCGCGUGGAAGCACGAAACUUGCCCCGGCGAUGAUCGUCUACGAGCAAGAAAUUGACGCCAAGUGGAAGAAUGUCUCACAACAGCAAAUCGAUGAGUUAAUCCGAGAGGCAGAGGCUUCCGAAGUGGAGUCCGAGGAACCGCCCGCAGCAGACGAGGGGCAGUAUGUCGGCAACUGCGCGGUGGAAACAUCUACAGGUCGGCUGCAGCUCACAUCAAUUGUGUAUGAGGCUCCAACAGGGAUGCUCAGUGCUGUGAAUGCCAAAGGAGGAGAGGAAGGAGGAACAUGCGAAGAGGUGCCAAUAGACCUAGGCGAGGGCGCCACAGCUCCAUCUGUUCCAGAGGAGACCAUGGCAACAACGACAAUGGCAACGAUGGUAACAACUGGCGAGCCAUCAGUGGACGUGGAAGGGAAAACGAUUGGGGUUGUGAAUGCGGCGCUGCUGGCGAAGACUCGUGAGAAAAAGGGUGGCACGGUCUUUUACCUACGCGGUGGUGCCAUCGGAAAGAAUCUGCGUGAGCUGCGUACUGCGCCUGUGCCUGUGUCAACGAGCAAAAAGACACCAACGGUGUCGGCAAAGCUGGAGGGGCAACCGAAGCCAGGCAAGCCGGAAUCCAACGCGCGGAAGGUGAACUUAUCGGUGGUCCCAAAGUACUACCCACGACGGGGAGACGAAAUUGAUAUGCGUCUCAGUGUCAUUCUCAACACCCAUUUUGUGCAUUGCCCGCAUUCGCCGAUUCGGUUCCGUCGGCUGUCGGCGAAUUCAGGGGAGUACGUAGUGUAUCAUCGCAUUACUGGGCAUAAACGAUUAGUGUUAGCUCGCAUCCUGCAAGGGCGGUUGAUGAUCCGACAGUCUGGCUCCAUCACGAGUGGUGCGCCCGCCUGGGAAGAGCUUCGGUCCUGGUUGACACGCUACGAAAAGGAAUUUUAA